CGAGAUCCGGUCCCGCAGGCAACGCGUGGGGGAGGAGUUCAAGGAGUACCUGAUAGAGCUGAGAGCUCUGAUGCACCACGCCAGGUACGAGCCGGUGCAGGAGUUGCACCGGAUCUACCAAAACGCUGCUUCCGAAUACAAACUCUACGUGCGGCAGCAAGAUUUCUCCACGCUGACACAGCUGAACCAGCUGGCAGUGGAGUAUGAAACGGUGAUGAGACAGCGAGCGGAAUAUUCCGGAAGCAGGGCAGGGAGUCAGGUGGUCGCGAGCUCAAGUAGCGCGGAGUGGGAAAGGACGGUACAGCCCCCGGGCGGACACCUUAAUCCAUUCCGGACUACUCCCACAUCGGAUCCGGAGCGACUCUUUGUGGAUAGACAAGCCCUCGCCCCGCCGGCGACGGAUCCUGCGCAAGUGGCUCAUCGAAUGAUGAACCAAGAGGCCGGAACCGGGUAUGAUCCGCGACGAGCAUGUCCCAGGUGCGCACAGGAGGGGCACUAUGCCAGGGAAUGUCCCAAUGCACCCGUUUUGUUUUGUUGGGUAUGUGGGCACCGGGGCAGAAGUAUUCAGGAUUGUUGUCGCCGCACGGAGGCGUGAAACGGGAACGGCGUCGCCCAGGCAAGGGUCGGGUCGACGCCAACACAUACGGGACGCGGUAGUAGUA